CUCGAAAGUCGUGUCGAGGGCCUGUCCACUCAUUGAGUUCGCAAGUAGUAAUUGGGUGGAUAGUACAGUGAGCGGCUACAACGCACGUCGACCGGCUGGGCACCUCUGGGCACUCAACGUUCCGCGCUGAUUUCAUGAACCCUAUGCCCGCGUUCAAAUAAGAUUCACGCACUGCGAGGCAAGGAUCGAUGUCGACAGACUCAAGAGUUCUGUCACAGCCCUUUCGUCCUCCUCAGCCUCUCGCUGCCCCAUCCCCGUCGUCGCGCGUGCUCGCGAUACUCAGGACCGAGAUCUCGUAGGUUCUCAACGAGAGCAAUCUCUCCGGACUCGUGGGCUCCGCACACUCUCACCCUCCAGCGCAGUGGCCCAGUAAUUCGACAUGAUGCCCAAUAACCUUUCAAAUGGGCUCGCACCCCAGCAGCAGUGGCUCCUUGACUCUCAGCAACUUGACCCUCAAGGUCUGCGGUGGCAAGGCUGCCCACCCACCCCCGACCAAGCCCAGCAGGGGCAGCAGCAGCAGAUGACCUCGGGCUCGCAGAACCUACCUCAGGCGUCACCGAGCAUGCUGUCCACUCAGUCACCGAUGCAGCUGCCUGCCGGCGUCCGACCUAAGGCGAGGCCGUUCGCUUUCCCGACUAUGACCCCGGAGGUGUUCAGCAAAGCCUUUCCUACGUUCUGUCUUCGAAAUGGUAUCGCCGUCGAUCAAAAUGUACUGCAGUUCGAGGGCAGGCCGAUCGACCUGCACGCUCUGCAUACGGAAGUUCUCGGUAACGGCGGCUCAGGGAGGGUCUCGCAGUACGACUUAUGGCCCGCGAUCGGCGCGAAGCUCGGCUUUGUGCAGUUCCCUGGUAGCGACACCGAGCCUGCCAAGUCGGGGCCUGGUGUCGCGCAGCACCUGCAAAAUGUCUACCACCGAUACUUAUCCCAAUUCGACAACAUGUUCGUUUCGUCGGUGAUGAAGCUCAAGAGGCCUGUGGAUGUGGGCAACGGAGGUCAGCCGGGCAGCGGGACUUCUGGUUCGGGGCAUACACCUGUGCCGACGACGAACACCAUGUCUAACAAUACUCCCGGCAACAAUGUUAUGGGCGCGCCCGGCCUCACCAUCCCUCCCGGAUUCGACCCGAAACUGAUCAACGAGCUCGUGACAUAUGCGCGUCGUCCAGCAGAGGAGCUUCGUAGGCAGGGAGUCCCGGAACACGUCGUGAACAUCGUUGAGCAGAAUCGGCCCAUCUUGGAGGCUAGUCUGCGCUCCCAGCAAGACUUCCACGGUCGUCUCGCGAAGCAGGCUCAGGCCAACGGCGGCAUGGGGAUGCAGCCUAACAUGGCGCCCGGGUUCCCGAAGACGCCCCAGAUGCCCCAAGGCGUGCCGUCUUCCUCGACGAGUCCAGCGCAGCAGCAGCAGAUGUCUACGCAGGUCCAGCAGUCCGCGCAAACGAACCAGCCGCAGAAUGGUACCGCGCCUGCAGAGGGCCCGCCAAUGCCCCCGCAGGUACCGAAGCCUUUUGUUGACAUAGCCAAUGGGAAGUGGCCGAAUCCGGAGGAGCUUGCGCAAGCGAACACAUGGCUGGAGGCGACCAGAGAUUACUUCCUGCGUACUCGAGGUAAACGAGCCAUGCCUUUCAUCGCCAUCCCCGACUCUGAGAAGCAGGAAUGGCACAUCGUCUUCAGAGAGCUCUUGGGUUAUCUCAACAAUCUCUCGAACAAGCUGCCCAUGCUCAUAUGUGGAGUCAGCAUGGACGCUUCGCGGAAUAUGACGAACUCUCUAUUGACGUGUCUGCAGCAAAGGUCGUUCUUGGAGUCGAAAGAGAACAACGGCGACUGCUACAUGCUGACCUUGGCACACGUCCGUUCCAUGCGUGAGUCAUGGCACGGUUGGACAAACAGUUAUCGCAGGUACGAGGCCAUGGAGGUCCAACGGCAGCAGCAGCACCAGAUGUCGAUCUCCCAAGUACAUGAACCCGUCGAUCUCGACGCAGGACCUUUCACUCCCGCAUCCCCCGCGACCUCCCCAAAUGCGACCUCAGAUGGGCUCGACGAAGUAACCAGCCUUUUCGAACUCCUAUGA